AUGGAUAAUGAUGAUGAACAACCCUUGUAUUGUCCGACCAAUCCCGAGUCGUCUGCGACGUUUCGUUUCCUUGCCACCGUCAAUGCUAAAUUCGGUCUAUCACUCGCUUCUUAUCAUGAUCUCUACACUUGGUCGACGGCCAACUUGGUUGCAUUCUGGUCUCUCGUAUGGGACGCAACUCUCGUUAUUGGCGACAAGGGAAAUCACGUUGUCGAUCCACAAGCCAAGCCUUCCGAUAAUCCUCUUUGGUUCUCGGACUCCAAAAUUAAUUGGGCCGAGAAUAUGCUUCAAUGUCGCUCAGACAAGGUCGCCAUGAUCCAAGCCACCGAACCCAUCACAAAUCAAUCAUCUAGUCCAGAGUUGCAACGUAUCACUUACUCGCAACUCUACACCGCCGUCGCUGACCUCGUCUCCGCUUUCCUGAGCAACGGACUCCAACCGGGAGACCGAGUAGCUUCUUAUGCUUCUAAUUGUAUUGAGAAUGUAAUCGUCUGUUUAGCUACUACAGCGGUGGGAGGAAUUUUUGUCAGCGCAGCAGCAGAUUUCGGACCUGAUGGGGUGUUAGAGCGAUUUGAGCAAGUCCAGCCAAAAUUCAUUUUCACCGUUGAUGCUGUCGUCUACAACGGAAAGGUCCAUGAUCAUCUAACCAAAGCAUCAGCUCUAGUACAAGGAUUAUCUAAAGUGUGCGAUAGAACGGAGUUCAAGGUCAUCCUCUUGGAAACGAAUCUCCGCAACAAGGAACCCGUGUCGGUACCAAAUGAAUACAUUUCCUGGAAUGAAUUUCUCGUACAAGGUCAGCACAGCAAACUGGGUCGCUCAGAAUCUGGCGAGAUACUCUGGCGCCGCGGUUCCUUCAAUGAUCCGUUGUGGAUAUUGUUUAGCUCAGGAACCACAGGUAUGCCCAUAGUACAUCGCGCCGGCGGAAUGCUCUUACAGGCAAAGAAAGAACUUGUCAUAUGCGGCGGUCUUCAACCCGAUGACGUCUUCUUUUAUUACACCACAACCGGAUGGAUGAUGUGGAACUUUCUGGUCGGCGGCUUAAGCCUGGGCUGCACGCUUGUGCUGUACGAUGGUAGUCCGUUGCGGGACCCAUCCCUUCUGUGGCAGCUUGUGGACGAUCUCGGCAUAACAAUUUUUGGAACCAGCGCAAAGUACAUCGACCAGCUUUCUAGAAAGUACAAACCUCGCGAAAACCACGCUCUAACUACGCUUCGACACAUUUAUUCCACAGGUUCUCCGCUCUCUGCCCCGCUGUUCGAUUAUGUUUAUCAACACAUUCAUCCUACCGUUCUGCUGGGCUCAAUAACUGGUGGAACUGAUAUCUGUUCAUUGUUCGCGGGAAUGUGUGAUGCUUUGCCUGUGUAUCGUGGGUUUAUUCAGUGUAGGAUGCUAGGCAUGGCCAUCGAAAGCUUCACUCCGCGCGGCACUGUUACAGCACCCGGUGAUACCGGAGAGUUGGUCUGCCUGAAGCCUUUCCCAUGCAUGCCUGUCGGUUUCUGGCCCUUACCUGGAUUCGGGACUGAUGAAGCAGUUUCAACUGCGAAAGAUCGAUAUAAGCAGGCAUAUUUUUCAGAAUUCGAUGGUGUUUGGUAUCACGGCGAUCACAUAUGUAUAACGAGCUCGCAGUCUGGCAAUGGCGGAGGCGUGGUUAUGUUGGGUCGUUCCGAUGGUGUUCUUAAUCCAGGAGGUAUUCGCUUCGGUUCUGCAGAAAUCUAUGACGUGAUCGAUCUCUGUUUUCCUCUCAACGAUGAUGCCCCGGAACCUGGGGUUGUCGACUGUCUUGCUGUUGGCCAAUUAAUUGAAGGGGGUACAGAUGAACGAGUUGUCCUCUUCGUCAAGCUGCCUGACGGUCACGUCUUGUCUGAAACUAGUUUGGAGCAAAAGAUCAAGGCUGAGAUACGCAAGAGACGGAGUCCUAGGCAUGUUCCAGCAAAGAUCAUACAAGUACCACAAGUUCCGUACACGUUGAAUGGGAAACGUGUAGAGGUGUUGAUUAAGAAGAUAAUAAACGGUGCCCCUUUAUCAAGUGUGAACCCAGCAACGUUGUCCAAUCCCGAAUGCCUCGAGUUCUUCGCAGAUGUAGGUGUGGCCUUGCGCAGUGAAAUCGCCUGA